AAUUCUAUAAAACCCAAGUUAUUAUCUAAAAACAAAACUCUAGUUUAGUGGGCAAUCUGGUUGACUCAGGGACGACCUAUUACAGAGGUUUACGACUGCCAUAACAUGGGUCUCUCCUUCUCCUGUGCUCCCUCACUUCGUCACUCUUUACUCAACCGCCACCACUUUUCAGGUUCAUCAGACAUUCACCGCAGCAACGUGGAGUUCUCCGAAACCACCACAACCACCACGAUCAGAAGGAGUCAGUUUUCCGUGAGAGAAAGCAUCGGCAGCAACUGCUCUCCUCGUCCUCUUCCUUUUCCCGGUCGCCAAGUUCUGAAAUGGCCUGAGUUGAAAGUGUUCAGUUUUAAGGAGCUGAAAUCUGCCACAAGGAAUUUCAGCUCCGACAGAUUGCUCGGUGAAGGUGCAUUUGGCAGAGUUUACAAGGGAUGGUUGCAUAAGAACACCCUCACUCCCGCCAAACCAGGCUCUGGAGUGGUAGUUGCCAUCAAAAAGUUAAACCGGGAGGGUUUUCAAGGGUUUCGAGAGUGGCAGGGCAGUUGUAUGUGAAGAGUGAUGUGUAUGGAUUUGGUGUGGUGCUUCUUGAAAUACUUACAUGAGGGCAUUUGACACAAGAAGGCCAACAGGGCAGCAGAAGCUGGUUCUAUGGUGCAAGCCCUGUCUCUCUUCCGAAAAAAAGUUGAAAACAAUUAUGGAUGGUAAGAUAGAGGUCAAUAUUCACCCAAAGCUGCAUUUCAAGCAGCACAACUUACUCUAAAAUGCCUGGAGCAUGACCCUAAACAACGUCCUUCAAUGAAAGAAGUUCUUGAGGGAUUGGAAGCUAUUGAAAAUAUCCAUUGAAGAUAGAUUUUUAAUUUUUUUUUCUUAAUUUUUACUGGAUUGGUUUCAAGUUUAAAAGACAAAAUAGAAUACCCAUUGAA